CCGGACUUGGUGGGAAGUAACCUAUUCCAAAAUGUCUGCUCAAAUGAAGAAAACUGUCGAGCUGUUUUAUGAUGUAGUUUCGCCCUAUACAUGGUUCGCAUUUGAGGUUUUGUGCAGGUAUCAGCAUAGAUGGAACAUGAAUUUACGACUGAAGCCUGUUUUUCUUGGAGGAAUCAUGAAAGGGGCAGAUAACCAACCACCUGCUAUGGUUCCCAAUAGAGGACUAUACAUGAGAAAAGAGCUAAAACUGCUUGCAAAAUACUUCCAGGUCCCCCUUAUUGAGCCUGCGAACACUGCAGAGAUGAUGUUUGUGAAAGGAACACUGAAGACACAGCGCUUCAUCACGGCUGUUGACAUGAUGGACUCUACAAAGACAGAGGAGCUCUCACGACAGAUGUGGCAUCGCAACUGGAGUAGGGAUGAAGAUAUUACAGAACCAGAAAGUCUAAAACAGGCAGGUAAGCGUGCGGGGCUGUCAAACGCACAGAUCAACCAGGGUCUGGAGGACAUGCAGAGCAGCAAGGUCAAGGACAGAUUGAAACAGUUCACAGAUGAGGCUUUGAAUCAUUGGGCAUUUGGUUCUCCAACUAUCAUUGCUCACACGUCAGACAGUCCAGUGAUGCUCUUUGGGUCAGAUCGGUUUCCCAUUUUAGCCCAAGUUCUUGGUGAGAAAUGGGAAGGGCCCAUCCCAGGGGGCUGCAAGCUUUAAUAACUGAAACCAGCAUUUUGUUAGGUUGAUCUUAUUAAUAGGCGGUGGACUUUUCAAGUUGAUUUAAGUAUUUAUUAAUGGGCAUUCACAUAAAAAAUAAUUAUAUUUGCAUUGAGAUCGCUCAGUUAUAAGAGUUAGGUUUGGGACUAUUACUGUGAUAAUAACUGAACAUUGCUUGUGUGUAUUAAUCUAAUCAACAAGGGCAGUAAUAACUAGCAUCCGUGAUACUUAUUAUGCCCCCCUUCGAAGAAGAGGGGGUAUAUUGCUUUGCACAUGUCGGUCGGACUGUCGGUCCACCAGGUGGUUUCCGGAUGAUAACUCAAGAACGCUUGGGCCUAGGAUCAUGAAACUUCAUAGGUACAUUGAUCAUGACUCGCAGAUGACCCCUAUUGAUUUUGAGGUCACUAGGUCAAAGGUCAAGGUCACAGGUGAAGGUCACAGUUACUGGAAAUAGGCAUUAUAAAUUUAUAAGGAUUUAGCAUGGUUCAAACAAGGGAAACAACUACGGUUUAUGCAUAUUCUUUUUAUUACAGAUUUGCCUCCCUUUAAUUCAUUCAAAAUCUCAUUUUACAGCAGAGAUUCCAAAUCUGACCUGUAAAUGAGCCCCAUAUUUACUGCCAGUGCUAGGUUACCUUUUCCCAUUUGAUCAUUCUUAAGUAUUGGUAUUGUAAUGCUGCUACUGCUGCUGCUACUACUACUACUACUACUACUACUACUACUACUACUACUACUACUACUACUACUACUACUACUACUACUACUACUACUACUACUACUACUACUACUACUACUACUACUACCUACUACUACUAC